AGCUCCCCUGUCUUACUACCCCCAAGCUCUGUUACUAUCCACGAUUCAAUAUAGUCUUAAAGAGUAUAGGGUUUCUAACUUCAGUUCAUAUCCCACUCUACCCCACGCUAUUAGCAACCGCUUGACAAUGGCGCCCUCUGCGAUGUCUGAUACCACACCCAUGCAGCUUUCUGUCUACUCGAAACAUCCAAACAAGGUUAAUGCCUCUGUGUUGCAUGGGCCUCGAGACUUGCGACUGGAAAGUAGAAUCCUUGAUGAGCCUGGUCUUGGUGAGCUACAAAUUGCUGUCAAAUCUACAGGAAUAUGUGGCUCAGACGUGUCCUACUACAAGAAAUUCGCGAAUGGGGACCUAUGCGCUUGUGCCCCGCUAUCUCUCGGACACGAGUCGUCUGGAACAGUCGUAGCCAUAGGGCCCCAAGUUAGCGGAUUCAGACUUGGUGACCGGGUCGCUCUUGAGGUUGGAGUCCCUUGCGGACAAUGUGGUAUAUGCCGAAGAGGGAGGUAUAACCUGUGUAAGAAGAUGAGAUUUAGAAGCAGCGCCAAGAGUGUGCCUCACUUCCAAGGAACGCUUCAAGAGAGGAUAAAUCAUCCGGCAAUAUGGUGUCACAAACUCCCUGAUCAUGUCUCCUUCGACGCUGCUGCUCUGCUCGAGCCAUUAUCCGUGGCAAUUCAUGCCGUAAACCGCGCUAGUCCAACACCUGGCUCUACAGCUCUGGUCAUCGGAGCUGGGACUGUUGGCCUUUUGACCGCUGCGAUGGCGCGCCAAUCUGGCUGCACAUCAGUUACUAUAACUGAUGUAGAUGCGGGUCGCGUUGACUAUGCACUGAAGAAAGGCUUUGCUACUCAUGGUUUCGUUGUGCCUCGUCCUUUACAUAUUUCAUCUAGUAGUUCAUCCAUUCUCACAGACUCUGGAACCUCCACACCCCUCGAGCCUGGUGUAAUGACACCGGCGAGUUUGUUUUCCAAUUCUAUUCAUGACCAACUUGAGAGUGCUAGAAGCUUAGCUGCCGAUAUACUCUCAUUGACAAAAUUGGCCCCGGACCUGCAAAUCGAUGAUGAAGACGAGGGCGUUGAUGUGACGUUUGAGUGCACUGGCAAGGAGGCUUGCAUGCAUACGAGCCUCUAUGCAACGAAGCCAGGCGGCAAGGUUAUUAUGGUUGGGAUGGGCACCCCAAUCCAAACGCUUCCGAUAUCUGCGGCGCAUCUACGAGAAGUAGAUAUCUUGGGGAUUUUUCGGUAUGCGAAUACAUACGCUACCGGUAUAAGAAUACUCUCUGCGCAGGGUUCUGGUCGAGCUGGCUUUACAUUACCAAGUCUCGACGACAUGGUAACGCAUCGAUUCAAAGGCCUUGGUGCUGCCAAGCACGCCUUUGAACUUGCUGGCAGAACCGUUGACGAAAACGGCAAUCUCGUGUUGAAGGUUGUCAUCGAGGCUUAGAUGCCUGAUAGGCAUUUUCCUGGUAUUGCACGUUUCUUGUUUUGGCCAUGGCCACAUUAACUACUAAGCAUGAGGAUCACCUUGGAUACCCCCUUUUUCAUUAUUUUUCAUGUUAUUUCAUCUCGAAAAUAAUACCUACUUCAUAUACCUACUUGCCUACCUCUUACUACCAAUAUACCAACGACGGCAUUAGAAUGUUCACAGGGAAACCAAAAUACUUUUUUUAACCUAUAUACCUAUACCAUAAAAAUAUAAAACAUUGGGGAAGACUGAAGCGGUUUAUCUUGUGAUUGGUAGAUGAGGAGUAAUCUCAAUGUGGAGGUCUA